CGGAAAUAACCGAUGCCUACCGAUUAAAUAAUUUUGAUGGCCGAAAAAGAUGAAGAUGCUACACAAUGAUGCUGAUUAUUGUAAACAGCAAUUAGAGCGUCUUAUGGCCGAAAAGACAUGAACAACCAAGAGCACAGGAAAGAUGUGACAAACGAGAGAGAAGUGGAAUGUUAUUAUCGCCCAGGAGGAAAAAGAACAGAUGGGUUGAAAGCUGCUGAUAUAGUGCCUAUUCUUAGAGAGAGGGUGGCCUACCUGUCAGGUGGACGAGACCGACGUGGUGGACCAAUAUUAACAUUUCCAUCGCGUACACAUCCAGAACGGUUAGACCAUGAUGAUCUCAGGCGUCUCAUGACAUAUCUAGCCAGGAUCCCCAGCGAUGAUGUGAGGGACAAAGGUUUUACUGUGAUAUUAGAUAUGCGAGGUUCAACCUGGCAGAUAGUUAAACCAAUUCUUAAAGUAUUACAGGAAUGUUUUCCUGGCAGCAUUUAUAUAGCUUUUAUAAUCAAACCAGAGAAGUUCUGGGAAAAACAAAGAACUAGUCUUGGAAGUGCCAAAUAUAAUUUUGAGACCACUAUGAUCUCACUUGACAAUCUCACCAAAUCUAUAGACCCCACCCAGCUGACGAGAGAAUUUGAUGGGGCACUGGAGUAUAAUCAUGAGCAAUGGAUACAGCUUAGAUUGAUGUUAGAAGAAUUUAUAUGUAAAGCCUUAGAUCUCCUUGAUAAACUAGAUGAACUUGGAAAUAUUUUGACCAAUCCAGAACUUCCAGAUAAUUUAAAUGGUGCACAGUGUCGAUUGGAGGAACAUAAUCAACUGAAAAGACGUGUCAAUAUGGCACCUGUAGAACAACUGGGGAUGGAAGGACAGAGGAUACUGAUGGAAAUUACAGGGGACCAACAACAAGGUCGAAGGUUUGUGGUAUCGGCUACAGCUGAUUUUCAGAGUUCCGUCCCUCAGAUUUCACAACUGUUAGAUAGGAUGCAUGGACAGAAACAGCAUCUGAAUCAGUUAUGGUCAGUUAAACGUUUGAGAUUGGAACAAUGUCUACAGCUGAGAAUAUUUGAAGAAGAUGUUGAAAAGAUGUUUGACUGGAUUGGUCACAAUAAAGAUAUGUUUCUGGUGCAUUAUACAGAGAUUGGUAAUUCCCACCAGAUGGCAGUAGAAUUAGAAGUUGAACAUAGUCAAUUUGCAAAUAGUGCUGUUAAUGUAUAUGUAAAUAUAACUCGUAUCCUUGGUAUGGCUCAAAAAUUAUGUGAUGGUGGUCACUAUGCCUCUAGUACUAUAAGAAUGCAGGCCAGUCGACUGGAGAGGGAAUGGAAGAACUUGGCUGCAGCUCUGGAUGAUAGGAGUGCUGUUCUUAAUAUGUCUACAUCCUUCCAUAAAAAGGCUGAACAGUACUUAGCUCAAGUGAUUGGAUGGAGACAAGCUUGUGAAGAUCCUGGUAUACCCAAUAAUAUUCAUGAGCUAGAAACAUCCCUUCAACAGCAUCAGAGCUUGAUAGAGGCUAUAAGUCAAUCAUAUGCUGAGGUGUGUCAGGAUGGUAAACAAUUAUUAGAUACUCUCCAGACACCUGUUAGUUCUAGUAGUAUGAACAGUAUUACUGCUAAAGCAGAUUAUUCAGAGGCUUCUGGACACGUCCUGGAUGUAGUUCAUGAGGUACUUGCUCAUCAAAGACAUUUGGAACAGACAUGGCAUACAAAGAAAGUCAAACUUCAUCAACGGCUUGGACUGAGAUUGUUCCAACAAGAUGUUAAACAGGUAAUUGAUUGGUUGGACAGUCAUGGUGAUGGAUUUCUUAAAAAGAAUACAACCAUUGGUCGAAGUUUACAGAGAGGGAAAGCAUUACAGAAAAGUCAUGAACAUUUUGAAACUGUUGCUCAGAACACUGUUACAAAUGCUGAUAAAUUACUAGCAGCUGCUGAUGAACUUGCUCAGACCGGAGAAUGUGAUCCAGAAGAGAUCUACCGUGAAGCUCAAGAACUAGAGGCUCGUAUGGCUAGCUUCAUCACAGCUCUGGAAAGGAGGCGUGUCACUUUAGACAUGACAGUUUUCUUCUACACUCAUGUACAUGAGCUUACCUGCUGGUUGGAAGAACUCCAACAAGAACUACAAAGUUCAGAAAUUGCUGACACAGUUGAAGGUGCUGAACAACUUCUAGGACAGUUUAAUCAACAAAGGGAGACAACUAUAGAGGCAGCCAUUAAUACUGUCAGUGAAGGAGAAAAUUUAUUAGAGCAGCUACGGGUCUUCAGUACGGAACCAGAUAGGAUCAACCAGAACCCAGACUACACUCAUAUAGAAGGUGUUCUUCAUCAGUUAAAUGAAAGUAGGUCACAGUUAGAGGAAUUGUGGGCAGCAAGGAAAAUGAAAUUAGACUUGUGUUUGCAGUUGAGAUUGUUUGAGAGAGAUUCACUUGAGGUGUCGUCACAACUAGAGCUUUGGGCAGAAGAACUACAACACCAGGAACUUGGUAACGAAGGCAGUAAAGCAGAACAGCUCUUACAGGCUCAUAACGAAAGUGUUCUCUUGAUGCAGAAUUGUACAUUUGAAGUUUUGCAGAGAGGACAAGACUUAAUUCAGGUUUUUGAGAAUUCUGGGAUACAGUUAAUGGCUGAUUCUCAAUGUGAGGCUCAGUCACGUAUCCAAGCAUUGUUAGAAUACCUACAUGAGAGAGAGAUGGACCUGGAAGCCAUUGCUGAAUCUAAGAGGGAACGAUUGGAACAACUUGUACAGCUCAGGAACUUUGAAGUAGAGGCCAGACAGGUGAUAUACUGGAUAGACCAUGGGAAGUCCAUGUUAAUCAGUUGUUUUACCUGUCCAAAUUCAUUAAUGGAGGCUGAAUCUCUGAAGAAAGAACAUGAACAAUUCAUGCAUGCUAUUGAGAAAACAAAUAUAAGCAUGGCCCAGGUGACACAGCGAGCUGAGAAUAUGAUACAAGCCCACCAUUUUAAUUCUGAUCUAAUUCGAGCCAUUGCAGAGAACGUCACAUUUGCCUGGCAACAGCUGAUGUAUCAUACAGAAGAGAGACAUAAACUUGUAAUGGCGUCCAUGAACUGGUACAAAACUGCUGAACAGGUCUGGUCUGUGUUGGAAAGUUUAGAUGCUGAUUAUAAACGAGAUGAAGACUGGUGUAGCACUGAGAGGGCCAAUACAGGAGAUAAAGCUAAUUAUUUAUUACAGUUAAUUAAUAAACAUAAUGAACAGAAAGAGGCCUUUUUGAAGGCCUGUACCCUUGCCAGAAGAACUGCUGAAAGUUUCCUGAAGUAUGUCAACAGAAAUUUACACACUUUUGGUUCACAGAUAAAAUUUAGAAGUCCAGAAAAACAUGUAAAAGCUACACUAGAUCAGCUUCUACAACAGGAAAACUUGGUCCUAGAAUACUGGACAGUAAAGAAAAAGAAGUUAGAACAGUGCCAUCAAUAUGUAUUAUUUGAACAGAGUGCAAAACAGGCUUUAGACUGGAUUAAAGAUUAUGGUGAAGCCUACCUUGCUACACAUCAACAUGUGGGUAACAGUCAGCAAGAGACAGAAGCUUUACGAAAAGAGUACUAUGACUUUCGCAGUCGUGCCAAGGAAACAAGAGAAAGUGUCCGUCUGCUCCUAUCAUUGGCUGACAGUUUUAUGGCUAAAGGCAACAUCCAUGCCAACAGUAUACGGCAGUGGUGUGAUGCUGUUGACAAGCGGUACAAAGAUUUCUCUGUACGGCUGGACAAAUACAGACAUAAACUAGAGGCUAAACUUGGUGUAAAGGAAGAGGUUCAAAAGGAAGAAAAGAAAGAAGAUCAAAGACAUAGUGAUUCAUCUAUUGAAGAGAAAGUAUUACAUCAUACACCUAAAGAAUUGACAGAAGAAAAAAGAAAAUCAGCCAGACGAAGAGAAUUUAUAAUGGCAGAGUUACUGCAGACAGAGAGAACCUAUGUGAAAGAUUUAGAAACUUGUGUUAAAUGUUAUAUAAACGCCAUGUCAGAACAGAGCUGUCCAACAGGUAUCUGGAGCAGACAGAAAGUGGUUUUUGGUAAUAUUGAAGAGAUAUAUGAAUUCCAUAAUAAAAUAUUUUUAAAAGAGUUAGAGAAAUAUGAAACCAUACCAGAAGAUGUCGGCCAUUGUUUUGUCACUUGGGCCAGCAAAUUUUCCAUAUAUGUAACGUAUUGUAGAAACAAACCAGAUUCAAACCAAACAUUGGUGGAGCAUGCUGGGAGCUACUUUGAGGAGUUACAACAGAAAGCUAGUCUAGCUGAACCUCUGGCUUCUUAUCUUAUAAAACCAGUUCAACGUAUAACCAAGUACCAAUUACUGCUGAAAGAUUUAUUGGCUUGUUGUGAGGGACAUAUUGGGGAAAUAAAGGAUGGGUUAGAAGUAAUGAUGUGUGUGCCAAAGAAAGCCAAUGAUGCCAUGCACCUUAGUAUGUUAGAGGGUCUUGAGGAUAACCUUGAGGCCUUAGGGGAGGUGUUCUUACAAGAUCAGUUCCUUGUCUGGGAUCCUAAACAGCUUAUCAGAAAAGGAAGAGAACGUCAUUUGUUCUUGUUUGACAUGUGUCUCAUAUUUGCAAAAGAAGUGAAGGAUAGUAACGGCAAAGCUAAAUAUAUGUUUAAAUUCAAGUUAAUGAUUCCAGAUUUGAACAUCACUGAACAUAUUGAAGGAGAUGAGACAAAGUUUGCUUUGUGGACUGGCAGAGCCCCGAUCUCAGAUUAUCGUAUUAUAUUGAAGGCUAACAAUUUAGAAACCAAGCAAAACUGGGUGAAGAAGCUACGAGAAUUGAUGCAGGAACGUAUGACGUACAUGCACGAGGCGUUACGAGACAAACCACCAACUUUAUUCAAACCUACACAAGCAUCAAAAGCUUUCCAUACUCCCACCAAAAUGUCAUUACUUGGAGAUGUUAGAAGGGACCUUGAUGGUGAUACAUCAUUAGAUGACCUACCAAUAGAAAGAAGGGGUUCUCUGACGUCCCUUAUAUCCAUAACAACCACAGGAACCUCAGCCUCAGACAGCAGUAGCAGUGGUGGUCCUAAGCCUGAUGUUACAGUCGUUAUUGAGAACUAUUCUGCUGCCAACAACUCAGAAAUCACAGUGCUCAAAGGUCAACAGGUCGAGGUUAUUGACCCAACACCAGGUGAACCCAAUUGGUGCAUGGUGCGUGCAAUCAACUGUGAAGAUGGUGAACCAUGUCAGGGGCUGGUACCCAUAGCAUCAUUGAAACCCAUACCAAUGCUUCGUGGACCAGGAAACAGAAACAGUAUGGAUAUUGAUGAAGCCUAUGGAGAUGAUCAAGCUGGAAGAGAAGAAUCACCAGCCAAUAAAAGAAAGAGUAGUUUUAGGAAAUGGUUAGCUCCUGGAAGAAAGAAAAGCCAAACGAAAUUUGAAAAACCAGCAAUGUUUGAUGAGAUAGAGAAACGAGUUAUCAUGGGAACAUUGGGGACCAGACCAGAUCAACAAGAAGCUCAUGUACAGCCCCAGCACAAUCAAGUUACCGUGGUAGCACAAAAGAAGCCAUUAGAAGUGGCUGAGGAUGAUGCAGAUGAUGUAGAUUUGCCAACAGUUCCCCCACCAAUGAAAAUCCAGGACCGCACAUUUAAAGCUUCCAAAGAAGAUUCCUCAGAAGACUUAUCUAAAAAAGUGGCAUCAACAUUGACAAUACAACCAGAUACAGAGAAUGCAGUAAAAGAUCUUGAAGAUAUGGUCAACCAGAGAGUUGGGGACCCUAACCAUGACAAUCCAUUUGACCAUCAACUGUCCUCAGAAUCUGGGGGUGAAACUGCUGAUGAUCAGGCAUCGGAGCUGACAGAAGAGAAAAAAGAAAUGUAUAGAGAGAAAAGAAGUUAUGUGAUGCAAGAAUUACUGGAUACAGAAAAAGACUAUGUAAAAGAUUUAGGACUGAUUGUAGAGGGUUAUAUGGAAUACCUGAAGGAGCAUGGGAUGCCUGAAGACCUGCAAGGAAAAGAUAAAAUAGUAUUUGGAAAUAUACACCAGAUAUAUGACUGGCAUCGAGAGAACUUUUCACCUGAGGUAGAAAAGGCUGUAUGGGAUGUUGAUCAGCUUGGUAGUUUGUUUACACGAUAUGAGCGUCGUUUACAUAUGUAUGUUAAAUAUUGUGAAAAUAAACCCAAAUCGGAGUAUAUUGUCGCUGAAUAUAUAGAAGUGUUCGAAGACAUUCGACAGAAAUUAGGUCAUCGGUUAAUGUUGCCAGACCUUCUGAUAAAGCCAGUACAGAGGAUCAUGAAGUAUCAACUUCUACUCAGGGAUAUACAGAAAUAUACUGAUCGUGCAGGAGAGGACACCAAGAGCUUGAAGAAGGCAUUAGAGGUCAUGUGUGUCGUUCCAAAGGCGGCCAAUGAUAUGAUGCAAGUUGGACGACUGCAAGGAUUUGAUGGAAAGAUAACUGCUCAAGGAAAACUGUUACUUCAGGAUACAUUAUUAGUAUCGGAAAUAUCACAGGGACAGUCACAACCAAAAUUUAAAGAAAGACGUGUUUUUUUGUUUGAACAAAUUAUAUUAUUCAGUGAAAUGUCAGAGAAAAAACGAGGAGAUCUUUCAAAUGCAAAUUAUGUGUAUAAAAAUAGUAUUAAGGUAAACAAUAUGGCGUUAACCAAACAAGUGGAAGGUGAACCGUUGCGGUUUAUGUUGAUAAACAAAACUCCCGGUUCAGACUGUAAAUUUGUGAUACAGGCACCAAGUGAUGCCGUCAAACAUACGUGGACAUUGCGGAUUACGUCAUUACUAGAUAUGCAAGGGGAUUUUCUCAGAGCACUUCAAUCACCUAUAGAAUACCAAAAUAAAGUCAGGAAAGAAACGUCAACACCAGAAUUAAGUCAUACACCAAGAGAAGGUUUACUCAGGAAAACUCAGUCACAAUCACAUCCUAAAAAAGAUCGUUCUCAGACUCCGCCUGGUUCACUACAGGACUCAAAAUAUACUCGGUGUCGUUCUGUGCCCAAUCCCGGCAAAAUUAAUAUUGAACAUGGUGAAAGUUCAAAGUUGUCAUGUCCAAAUUCUCCUACUGAAACAGACAAAGAAUUCGACCAGGAAAAAUUAACCAAAUUAACUAUGACGUCGUCUUGUAACAGUCCCUCUUUCAUGGGUGAAGUGUCCCCAAAACCAAAGAAAAACAUUUUUGAAGGAUUUAAAACUUCACUGAAGAAAUCAAAAAGUGAUGCUCCAUCUACAUCAAAGUCAGAGACUGAUAAAGUUCCCGAUUUAUUACAAGAUGAUGAAAUUAGGAUUUCUAUAAAUAAUGGUGGCCCAGCAGAUGGCGCCACAAAUCAUAACACAUCGUCGGACAAUAACGAAGAUGAAUCGUUUGCUGAUGGAACAAUACAUGUUGGAAAUGUAGUAUGUGAUUAUAUGGCUUUCAAGGAAGACGAGAUAUCAGUAUCCAAAGGAGAAAUAAUACAAAUUAUCUAUACCAAUCAGUACAACAUGUUUUUGGUCCAUCGUCCCGCUAACGCUACGUCACCAGCAGCAGAAGGCUGGGUGCCUGGAUAUGUCAUUGGACCACGUGAUGGAGAGGGAAGUUUACGGAAAAGUUCAUGGCAGUUAUUUAAGCUCCGAAUGCAAGGUUUGAGACCAGAAAGGAGAACAUCCGAGGUUCAGUUCUAUAGUCUAGACAGGAGAAGCAGAACACUUCCGUUACCAUGGAAAGAAGCACACGAGGAAUAUCGAAGAAAAAUUUCACACCACGACCUUCAGUAUGAAAUGACACCUUCUGUUCAUCAACCAUUGGCCAGUGCCGUUGUUAAAGCAACAGACACAGCUGUCCUUACAUGUAGAAUAUGUGGAAGACCAAGACCUAAUAUAUCAUGGAGACUGAAUGAUAGCCUCAAUCUCACGAAUAAUAAUCGCAUCAAUUUAUUUUUCGGUGAGGAUGGAUUUGCGACAUUGAAGAUACACAACGCUACUCCGGCAGACAGUGGAGAAUAUGCUUGUAUAGCUACAAGUGAACUAGGUUCUGUGAUAACUAAAGCAACGUUAACGGUCUUAGACCGUCCACUUCCUCCAUCAAGACCUGUGAUACGUAGUCAAGUGGGAACGUCUGUGCAUUUAGAAUGGAUAGCCCAUAGCAGCAAUUCUCAAAUACAUGGAUAUACUAUCGAACUGAAAGAAAAUGGAACUGACGUGUGGCAAGCUGCAAUUCCAUAUGUUCCAAACACAUCGCAGUUUAUAAGUGAUUUGACCCCUGGGUUGACAUACCAGUUUCGGGUCAGUUCAAAUAAUAAUAUCAGUAUGAGCGAACCGAGUGCACCGUCGCAACUUAUUACCAUUCCAUCUGAAGGGGAAUUAAAUGAAAGAUCAAGUGAAACAAAUACGCCAUGGAAAUCAACAUACACCAAAGAUUUCACAGAAAUAGAAGAAAUUGCUAGGGGAAGAUUUUCAACUGUUAAAAAAGUGUCUCAAAACUGCACGAAUCGGGAAAUGGCUGCUAAAUGUAUUCACAAACGCAUUACAGACAUUGAUCAUGUAGAAACGGAGUACAACACUCUACAGGCAUUGCAACACGAGAAUCUGAUUCCGGUUUUUGAUGUCUAUACGACACCAACUUCAUAUAUCAUUAUUAUGCCUUUGUUACCAUUAGGUCGUUUGUUUGAUUUUGUAUGUAGAAGGCCUUAUUUUGAUGAACAUGAAGCAGCAGGGUUUAUAUUACAAUUGUUAACUGUAACUCAGUACUUGCACAAUUGUAGGAUUGCUCACCUGGAUAUCAAGCCUGAAAACCUUUUGGUAGAAAUGGUUAUGGGAGAAACUCGUUUAAAACUCUGUGAUUUUACGGACGCUAGACACAUAUACAAUAACUUUUAUGUGCAUCCGUUUCGAGAAUGUCCAGAAUUUCUAGCUCCAGAGGUAAUUAAAGGAACACCAGUGGGUUUGCUGACGGAUAUAUGGAGUAUAGGUGUUGUGACUUAUGCUCUCCUGAGUGGAUUAUCCCCCUUCCUUGAUGAUAGCCAAGAGGAAACAUGUUCGAACAUUAUCAGAAUAGAUUAUAGCUUUCCAGACGAAUUUUUUGGUAUUAUUUCAAAUGAGGCACAGACUUUCAUACUGGACAUUUUGGUAGAAGAUAUUGGUGGUCGUCCUACAGCACAUAAAUGCCUAGAGUCCUUAUGGAUACAGAAGUACUGCAGCACUGCCUCAUCUCAGCCUAGACAUAAAUCCAUUCCAACAGACAGAUUGAAAGAUUUCAUAGAAAGGAAAAAACUUCAGAGCACAGAACUAUAUUCAUGACAGCAAUGACUACUGGCUUUUACCUCUUUACAGAAGAAAAUUAUAUAUACCUCGUAGAUGAACUGGUUAUACUGAGUUGGUUUAUACUUCAUAUUGCUCCAGUAAUUGAUAGAGUUUACAGUUUAUAGCAGGUGUGGCUAUGCUAAUAGACCAUUGUUCACCCCUGUAUAUCAUCAUAUGAAUUGGGAAAUACCUAAAUAGUUACUGCUUACAUCAGCAAAGAUGAAAGCUGAUUUGAAUAUUUAUUUAAGAAAUGCAAACAUUUUCAUAUCCUUAUUAGAAAUUAUUCUAUGCUAGAUGAAUUAUGUUCAGAAAUAUUUACAGUAAGUUAGCUGUUUGCCAUGUUGCUAGAUUUUCUUUGGAAAGAACUAAAUUUGAAAUGUAAAAUUAUAUUGUUUAUAGCUUGAAAUCAAUAUUUUCAACUGUGUUUGACUUUUUCUUGUUUUAUAAGUGGUUAUUCUAUUUACAAAUAGUUUUCCAUUAAAAGGCUAUGAUUUACAGAUUGACAUAAAAUCAUUUAAAAAUUGUUCUUUACAUUUUUGUCUAUUUAUUUCUUUUUCUUAAUUUUAGAUAUUAGUGAUAAACUUGAAAUUGUGUUUUACAGAAGCAUUAUUGUUUCAUAUAUUUAACUACUGUUUAAAGGAGCCAACCUAGAUAAAGGGACGGUAAAAAUCAUUGUGAGUUUGUGUCAACCAUUUUCAUAAAAUAAAAUGCAAGCUUCUAAACCACAUGGAUUGAUUGAAUUCUGUUUCACAUGUAUGUUUACACAGUAUUGAGGAAUUUCUUAAAGAAUCAUAUCAUAAAGAAAGUCUAAUCAGAUAAUCAUUCAACAACCUCAUUUUUUGGCAGAGAUAGAUUUAAUGUAUAUCAAUGGAUGCAUUUCGUCAUUAUUUCGCUAUACAAAAAUAUGUAAUUCCUGGGUUUAGAAUCUGGUGCGACUUUCAAAAGCGUAAUUGGUUAUCAUAAAUGGACAAUCGACAAUGGCGUAUAAAUUUAUACAUAUAGGAACUUAUAAUCUUCUUAGGAAAGGGGCUUUGGCUGGUAAAACCAAAAAAUGAUAAAUUUGACAGAAUGAAAAUGAAUGUUCUGCCUAACAAUAUACAGGAAAUAAUUGUGCAGAAAAGUGAAAUAAAUUUUCUCUUGUCAACAUAGUAAUUGAGUCUUGCAACAGGUGAAAUGAAUUUUCAACCCGAAACACCUCCAAAAAUCAAAUAGUUCUUUCAUAAUAAUCUGUUAGAUGCAUUAACGGGACAAUUUUCCAGGAGAUAUACACUAUUUUAUUCAUUUUGACAAAUGAAAACAGGAUUUAUAACAAUAACUUAUCAACCUAGUUACUUCUUAGAAGUGGUAAAUUCAAUGUAUGAUAGAAUAUAAUAUAUUUUUCUUUAAGUUUAUAUUUGUGAUUGUAUUAUUGCCAUCAGAGUUAAAUGCUAACUAUUAUUCUAUUUCUAAUUUAUUUUGUUACCUUAAGUGAACACAUGCGGUAUGGGUUUUGUUCAUUGUUGAAGGACGUACGGUGAUCUAUAGUUGUUAAUUUCUGUGUCUUUUGGUCAUUUGUCAUUUCGGGGCCUUUUAUAGCUGGCUAUGCGGUAUGGGUUUUACUCAUUGUUGAAGGCCGUACGGUGAUCUAUAGUUGUUAAAUUCUAUGUCAUUUGGUCUCUUGCGGAGAGUUGUCGCAUUGGCAAUUAUACCACAUCUUUUUAUUGUAAGACAAACUAUCUAUAUCUCAAUUGUUAUGAUACACAGGUUGGAGGUUAUAUAGUAAAUAUAACUGCAGUCAUUUUUUUUUCGUUGGUUCGAUUCACUUUUGGAAUCGAAUCAUGAUUAAUUUAUGAAAAGUAAAACACAAGUUUAUAGCUUUUAAAUGUUCAGUCGGUUGGGGCAACUUAAGAUUGUUGUUGCUCAAAUGUGCGAAAUUCGUUUUAGAGUAGAAAACUGGACACCUGUUUAUAUUUGAAAUAAAUGAAUUUGCUACUUCCAGUAGCUUAAAAACAAAGUUACUGUCAAAUAACUUUUAUUAUUCUUUUUAUUAUAGCAUGAUAAAGAAUACAUUCAGACAGAGUAUUGACUGAUUCUGUCGAUUAUAGUUCAGAGGCCUGACCCCUAAAGUUUAUAUAUAUAUAUAUAUAUAUAUAUAUAUAUAUAUAUAUAUAUAUAUAUAUAUAUAUAUAUAAACAAGUCUAAAUUGAAAACAACGUUCAAACCUAUGAUUGCGUUGAAUAAAAACCGCAAUUUUCAUACGUGUGCAUGUAAAACAAAUUUCUUUGAAGAGGGGUCUAAAUACAGCACAAACAACAUUAUCAUAAAUUCCUUGAUAUAUAUAAGUAUAUGACUUAAAAGAUGCACAUUUUUUCUGUGCAAAUUUUGAAUUCGUAACUGUAAAGAUUCGUCACAAGUCAUUGUGCUGAAUUCUUCUUCAAAAAACCAAUUGAAUGGUUGAACGAUAUUGUACUUAUAUUGUUCAGUAAGCAUUGGUUUGAAGAAGAUCAUGUGUUUUCAUUUAGAAUGUUUUGCAUUGUAUAUAUACACAGCACUUAAUUGUAUAUAAUAUAAAAUUCGAGUAUGCAUUAUGAGUAAAAGUUAUUUGAAAGUUUGUACGACUGGCUUCAUUUCAGUUUAUUAUUCAUGUAAAUAUUAAAUAAAGCUAUUUAAAGUUUCUUCUCUA